ACUUGGCACAAGAUUUUUUUUAUUUUGUCACCCUGCUCUCUUUUUGAUUAAGUGUUUUGUGAAAAUUUGCGUGCAGAUUUGUUGGUCAUUUAAACCUAGUUGGUUGUUCAAUCCUUGUCUCAAUUUGUUUUUACUGGUUUGUGUGGUUGUUAAACAUGUUCUUAAUGGGCUAGUGGAGUCUUCCAUGGGGACAGGAAAUAAAUGUGCAAUAUUUUGUCUGAAUCUCUUCUUUUAUAGUAUUAGUAGCUGUUGCCUAAUGGUUGGGAGUCAAUCUUGAGAAGGUUGUAAGUUUAAAUCCAAUACCAUUCCAUCACUCAAGUGCCUCUGAAGCAAAGCACCCCACCUCAUAUUGCACCAGUGACUGUAACUAAUACCCUGUAGCUAAAUAACUAGGUCUCCUUGGAGAGUGGUAAGUAUGAUGUAAGUGUUGUAUGUCAAAAUCUGCGUGCAUAUCAAAAAAGGUUUCUGAUUAAUACUUGGAACUCGGUGUCUUGAUGGUUGUAAAAAAAAUCUGAAGGUAGUAAAAAAAAAAGGUAUUAAAUGGUAGUAAAUUUAACUUCAAGAUUGGUGUAUAAACCCUGUAAAAAAAAUUUGGUAAAAAUGCUCAGAGUAAUUUGUUAAACUGUGAUUCAAAAUCAACUCUUUAAAAUGCAGAUAAAUUCAUGUGUGGUAUAGUAUUGGGUUGAAUAUUGCUCAUGCCAUGAUUUGUUGCUUCAGUUUAUGUGGUGUUGAGGUUGACAAACAUAAACUGAGUGGAGUAGCAUUUGCCAAUGUGGUGAAAAUGUCCAUGAGGAAUGGUUGUUACUAUUUGCUGAAUGCAGAAAUGCGAACAUUGUCCUUUUGUGUUCUGUUUAAAGGUUUUUCACCUUAAUCUAUCAACUAAACGUAUGGACUUAUGGAAGUUGCCACCUCUGUAUCUCAUGAAUUUGCGACCACUGCAAAAUAAAAGAGGGAAAAGAAAGAAAGCAACUGUCUGAUUGAUGAGUGGAGUCCUGCUCAAACCCUGGGUAGAUGAAACAUCCUUUUUCAAGUGGGGAAACUGCAGAAACUGUGAGAAAAAUCAUCAAUGAGAAUCACCUGUCAUUGAAAGUGGGAGGACACUUGACACUAUGGGAGAGUGCAAAGAACAGAGAGUGAUUGGCAGGAGGAGGAGAGUCUGACGGAGGAGCAGAGGAAUGUUGGCAGCCAUUUAGUCUGAGCUCAACAACGGAGGAAACAUGGAUUCUUCACAAAAAAAAUGUAAACACAGCAAUGGAGUGAGAUGUCGGACCUCUGAGGAGGAUAAGGAUGGUUCAGCAACAACAGCAAAAAGAGAUGAAUCACUCAGUUGUGAGCAAUGUGGCAAGACUUUUAUCACAGCAACAAAGCUCAGAAUUCACAAACGUAUUCACACUGUGGAGAAACCAUUCAGCUGUGAUCAGUGUGGAAAAGCUUUUACUCUGAAGUGUAAUCUAGCAACACAUCAACUCAUUCACAGUGGAGGUAAACCAUUCAGCUGUGAUCAGUGUGGAAAGGCUUUUACUCAGAAGUGGAGCUUAAAAAGACAUCAACUCAUUCACAGUGGAGUUAAAACAUUCAGCUGUGAUCAGUGUGGAAAGGCUUUUAAUCAGAAGAGUCAUCUGGCAAAUCAUCAACUCAUUCACAGUGGAGUGAAAUUGUUCAGCUGUGAUCAGUGUGAGAAGUCUUUUACACACAAGCGUGCGUUAAAAAGACAUCAACUAAUGCACAGUGAAGUUAAACCAUUCAGCUGUGAUCAAUGUGGAAAGGCUUUUACUCUGAAGAGUCAGUUAAAAAGUCAUCAACUCAUGCACAGUGAAGUUAAACCAUUCAGCUGUGAUCAAUGUGGAAAGGCUUUUACUCUGAAGAGUCAGUUAAAAAGUCAUCAACUCAUGCACAGUGGAGUUAAACCAUUCAGCUGUGAUCAAUGUGGAAAGGCUUUUACUCUGAAGAGUCAGUUAAAAAGUCAUCAACUUAUGCACAGUGGAGUUAAACCAUUCAGCUGUGAUCACUGUGGAAAGGCUUUUACUCUGAAGAGUCAGUUAAAAAGUCAUCAACUCAUUCACAGUGGAGUUAAACCAUUCAACUGUGAUCAGUGUGUGAAAACCUUUACCCAACAUGAACAGUUGUUGAUCCAUCAAUGCCCCCAUUCUGGUAGAAAGCGGUACCACUGUGACUCCUGUGAAAAAACUUUCAAGCACCAACAGAGCUUAAAAUGUCACCAACGCAUCCACACUGGCCAUGAUGUGUGGAUAUGUGAUCACUGUGGCAAACUAUUUGUAAUGUACUCACAGUUAAAAGCUCAUGAAGUGACCCACACUGGGGUUAAACCAUACAUUUGUGACCAGUGUGGGAAACGCUACAGCUCCAAUGCAAAACUCAAAAUUCACCAACGUGUCCACACUGGGGAGAGACCAUACAGAUGUGAUGAGUGUAAGAAGACUUUUACAACUUUGGGUUCCCUGAAACGACACCAGCAGAUCCACACCAGAAAGAAAGCAUUCAAUCAGUGUCACAGUGAGCAGAACAGAACAGAUGGACAACACCCUCAGACUUGUCAGCACUCUUCCAAUGGUGAACAGUGCUGCUUUGACCAGUCUGGACCAACGUCCAACCAACAGGGAACCCUACAACGACACCAGCGUAUGCACACUGGACACAGACUGAACCCCUGCCAAGAAGAUUUCUCCAUGCAGGGUUCAGUAAAAGUUCUUGAAGUCCUCCACAAACUUAAAGUCCUUGAGAUCCGGCUUCACAGAAUUCAGGUCUAAUUUCUUGUUUAGUGUCUUCAUUGCUUCGUUGCAAAAUCCAUUAAGAGGAAAGCUGUCGUUGACAGACGUGACUGGUAAAUUAAUGAAACCAUUCAAAGUGGUUACUCAGUUAAAUGCAGGGCUUAAAGUUUUCCGGCGCAUGGAAAUGUACCAUUUAAAAAAAUUCAUCCAUCUCCGUCCCGAAGGCUCCAAGCAUGUGCGUCAUUGUGCAUUCAGUUGCUCCGCUUUAAUCAAUCAAACUCCAAAUCCUACAUUAAAAAAUAUACACCUUCUGUCCAGGCAUGCGACUUUCUGAUGGAACUUUUAUCCAAUCACAGUUUUCUAACUGCGAGUGCGCAUCGACUGCUGGGUGCACGAUGUGCUGCACCCUCUUGGUUCGGCAUCGUCAGUGCUGCUGAGCCACUGAUAAGAAAUAACAGUAUCCCACAAACAAAAUCCAAAUGUGCAAUAUUUGUUGGUGGUUUUUGUAAUUAUAUUUAAAGGGAAUUACUGGAAACACAUUGAUAUAUAUUGCAUAUUAUUUAUUUUAUUUCUGCUUGGACUGUAGACCCAUUCCACGUGUCCCAGCCCUGUGGCUGCCUGGUCUGUCCAGAGCGCACGGAGCUCCAAUCUGUGAGUGGUGCGGUGAAGAAUCGAGCAGCUGAUCACUGGUCAAUAGCGUUGGAGCUUGUGUUUAGCUCAAAGACGCAGAUACUAAAGUUUGCUCAGACUUUGUGUGACAGAGGAGAGAGGAUGUGUCUCUGCUGAUUAACAAAGAGAGCAGCCGCUGCCGCGAUCCCUGAGCCGCGGUGUGUUGACUCGCCCCAUUGGCGUAAGUGCGUCAGUGGCGAUGCGCGUGCAUGUCCCACAGUCCCCAUGGUUUCGCCACAAAAUAAAAACAAACGGGCUUAGAUAUUGAAUUUUAAAAAGUAACAAAAACAGAAGGUGUUGAUUUUGUUUGAUUUCUUAAUCUUUCAACAUUUUCUAUGUGUUUUACAACAGCAAAAGGAAAAAAGGAAACAUUUAUUUAGUUUGCUGGAUUUUAUUUUGAAAGGAAAAAAAAUCAAAGAUCAAGCCAUACGGAUUUGUCCCAUUAUUCUCCUCAGAACAUCUGUUUAGUUAAAUAUGCACAAACUGAAUGUAGCUUAGGUGAUAUUAACCUUUUUUAUUUGAGGACAUAUAGGAUGUUUGUAAUCAUGAGUUAAAUAGCUCUCAGCAGAUUUUGUGACCUUAUGCAUCUGAAUGAUGUCUAGCCACAAACAAAAAAUCUCCAAUCUUAAGCAAAUAUUAUUAGUCAGAACAGAACGAACGUAUGGGUUGUGUGAAAUGAAUAAUGGAUAGAUAGUUAAAUAAGAAUGUUCUUAGCCUGCUUUUCACCGUUUUUUCUUUCCAAAAUAUAGAUAAAAAAUAGAAACAUUUAAAUUGAAAGCCAACUGAACAAAUUAUACAGUGAAUACAUUUUUUUCCCUUACCAAAAACAAACAAAAUGUGUGUCAGUUCAAAUUGAAAAUCAAAUGAUUUAAACUAAUCACACAGAUUAUUGAGGUGUAUCAAAUGAGCAGUUACUAACAUGUAUGUGUGGUUAUGUGCUACAGAGGGCUUCUUAAUCAGAUCUUCUGACUCCAGAGGAAAAGGCCAGAGUAGAAGUUCUUCAGCAUGAGCAGUCCAUUGCUGCCAGGACCCAGAUAAACCAGAUCAGGAAGGCCCGGACUUCUUUGCUAGUUACAGAGUUUGAGAGAGUCAGCAUCAUGAUCAGCUUAUUCAGAGGUAUCUUAUAUUGUGAGGCAAUAACUAAAAUUGCAUUUAAGAGUUAAUACUAGUACUUUUAUUACCUGCUGAAAUACAAAGUUGGUAUAGCAAGUGACAUAUGACAGUUUAUUCUCUUGUAGUGUUCCAGAGAAUAUUAAAUUUUUUCAAACAGUA